GAGAAGCUCCACAAGAUGGCGAGCGCGGGCUCCGGCGCCCUCCCCAAGAUGGCGGCGGGCGGUCCGGCGGCCGCAACGCGGGGCCGGGGCCGCUCGGAGAGCCGCGGCCCGGCGCUCCCAGGGCGGCGGCGGCGGCGGCCUCCCGGGCGCUGUGCGAAGGGGUCUGUGGCGGCCAGGCGCCCGGCAACCGCCUCUGCUCAACCCGCGGGGGAAGGGCAGCCGGCAGCCCGCCGCCAGGAGCCGGGCGGCCCCCGGACGCCGAGCCUGUGUUCUUCACACAAAGCAGCUGGUGGACAACCCUCAAAGAGGCUCAAAUGUGAAAAAAACAGUCUAGUAAAAUCAGAACUAGAAGGACUUACAUGUGCAAGUGGAAACCUUGCUGCACCAGGGGAAGUGCCUAAAACAUCUGAUGGGGAUCGACGUUCAGAAGAUCCAGGAGACUCCAAUAUAAUUCAACAGAAAAAGGGUGAAAGCAUUCCGGAGACUGACGAAGAGAAACAGGAAAAGGAGCAUAAUGUUUCUCUCGGGCCGCGUGCAGUGAAAUCAAGCAGUGCUCUAUCAAAAAUGGACAGUGAUGAAAACCUGCACGAUCACGUCUGCAGUGAAGAGGAAAGCAGCUGUGAGAGCGUACUGUCAGAUGGGUCCAGCUUGGAGGAUGCAGAUGUCCCGAAGAAGCCGAUACAGUUAGAGGGUAGUGCUUUCUUGGAUGAAGACAGCAACCAGCCAAUGCCAGUGGACCGGUUCUUUGGAGAUGUCGAGUUUAUCCAGGAUCUCCCAGCAGUUGCACUCCCAAGCACAACGAUGAGCAGGCGAGAAUUCAGGAAGCUACAUUUCAUUGCAAAGGAAGAUGAGGAGGAGGAGGAAGAGGAUGUUGUCUAACAACAAACUGUAAACAAAUGAAACCUUUUUUCUCUUCUUUGCAACCACGUAAUGAUGGCUGGCUGUGCCACUAACAUAAGGUGUCUGUGUUUGCCUUUUCUCAGAGACAGAACUGGUAGAGUUUGUUUUUCUGAAAUUGGCAGAUACAGAAUUCUGCCACGGUUAUCUGGGGCAAAGGCUGACUGAAUUUUCAGUGAUUUGGAAUUAAACUGUAAUUUAUCAUUUUACCACUAAUAUUUAGGAAAAACCAGGGAAAAUAGAAGUUCUUAUUGCUUUUUUCUAAAUUUGAGCCGAUAUCUAGGGUGAAUGUUUGGUCUCGCUCCUUUUUUAAAAAUAGCCAAGAAAACCAUGUUAGAACAAGGUCCUUUUUCUUUUAAUUCCGCGAUGUCUAACAUUGUGGCAUCCAGUUAGUAAUGCAGCCAGUUAACUACCCAGUAGAAAGAGGCACACUGGCCUCUGCUGUGUAAGUUGUCUUACAUUGUUGACAUCUAAACCAGAACCAAUUAAACCUCUAAAAUGCAGUUCCGCUAGCAAAACUAAAUGCAUGGAUAUCAAUGUGAGUUCAGUGGUGUUAAUCUCUGGAAGUUAAGUACGUUUUUAUUGCACAUCAGUUCUCUGAACAACCACCAUGUGAAGCUGACUGCUUCCCUCUUCCACCAGACCAGCCGUAAGCAUUGCCUUUUCUAAUAGUUGUGUAAUGCAGCUCGUGCAGUAUUUUCAGUUGACUUCCAAGGGUUACAAAUAGGAAUUUCGUAAACAAAUAUACUGGUGGUGAUAAAGGAGGAAUAAAAUCUCUCAGUGGCGGACUUGGUAGACAAACCAGUAUUGAUUGCUAGCGAUAUCGGUCAGUCCACUGAAUUUGUUAUUUUGGCCUGCAGUUUUAGAAAACAGUGAGCAAGCUCAGAUGAUUUCAGGAACUGUUAACUUGCCCAACAUUUAUGAUAAUACUCCUUUGAAAGCGUGAUUAUGCAAUAAGCUUCCAGAUCUUUAUUGUUAUAAAUAGUUUCUUCUACAUUUCUAAAAAUAUAGAGAAAAUGUUAUCAGCAGAUGGUUUAAAUAAAUAUUAAUUUCUACA